AUGUGGUGCUAUUGAAUUAUUAUUUUGAGUGGCCAAUUCGCCCAAUUAAUCAUGGCGUCGGAAGUCGGGCUGGUAGCCAACAUGGCAUUGCGAUGUGCUUUGAGAACUACGACAUCGAGAAUACAGCCGUGUGCCCGAGCACUUACCCAUAUGAUCGCUUCCUCCUCUGCCCGGCCGCUAUCAACGAGUACCCUUUCUUCGUCGAUGCGAAGCCUGAGCAACUCCAAUGGCUCCUUGUCACAAAGGCGACACGCAUCAGGCUGGUCUGCACCCGACCGUGCAAUCCGACCCAAGACCGUGUACGAUGACGCUAGCAUCUCCAAGCCCACCGGCCCAACGACUUCAUCCGACCCCUCAAUGCCUCGCGAAUUCAAACCGACAAGCAGUACACGAAUGUUUGGCGACCCCAACGAUCUGUUUGAUAGCAUCAGCGCCGAAACUGGAUAUGGCGAUUUGACGGACAUGGAGGACUUUUCGAGCCGCUUUAAUUUUGGUGAACUCAGUAACCCGAAUAAAGCAAACGAACCGCUUCCAAAACAAGAGCAACCAAGGGAUCGUUUAGUUCCGCGUCUAGGACGCACAGUCCACGUCUCCAAGGGUGCCGACGUCGCCCGCAGCUUCAAGCUGCUCAACAUGCAGUGUGCGGCCAACCGGGUGCGCCAGGAAUUUCAAUACCAGCGGUACCACGAGCGUGCAGGUCUGAAACGCAAGAGACUCAAGAGUGAGAGGUGGCAGAGAAGGUUCAAGAAGGGGUUCAGGGCCACAUGUGACCGGGUCAGUGAGCUGCGACGCCAAGGAUGGUAAGAGGCAAUAAAGUGUAACAUAUUGGAAGCCGUGUAGGAUUUUGAUACUAUAUGCAUACAUGGAGCACA